AUGAGUAAUAUCACUCGCAAACUUGUAGUCAUCGGUGAUACAAGCUGUGGAAAAACCAGUCUUCUUACUGCCUUCACUCAAGGCCAUCCUGCGAGCGGUGAAAUACCUACCCUGCUAGACCUUCAAGAGGUUGCCUCCCCGAUCGCGGGGAGCCGGACCCUGAUCUCCCUUUGGGACACGGCUGAUCGAGGAGAAUUUGCCAAAUUGCGCUCUCUUUCUUAUCUCUUAUGUGAUAUUGUUUUGAUCUGUUUCUCCGUCGAUUCACCGGAGUCUCUCAGCAGCGUGCAGACAAGAUGGGCCUCCGAAGUUCGGCAUUCCUGUGGUGAUAUACCGACUAUAUUGGUUGGCUGUAAGAAGGAUCUGCACCGUGGAGAAAGUCCGAAAGCGAGUAAUGCAUUCCUGCAGGCGAUGACGAAGUUAGUAGGGCGGAAGAAAGAUCUGCGAUCUCAUGAAAAGCCGAAGGCGAGUGAUGAGGCCUCCCACGCAGCAACGGCGCAGGUCACCCCCAAGGAGGCGAUCAGGGUAUGUCGCCAAAUUGGGGCUAGGAAGUACGUCGAAUGCUCAGCUACUACUUUGGAGGGAGUUCAGGAAGUAUUCGAGGCCGCUGCGCAGGCCGUCACCCACUACAAAAGUGGCUAG